AUGAUGCGAAAGAUUGUAUCUGGAAACUUCUCUAGUGAAAACUGGACUAAGAAACAACUAGAUGCACUAGAGAACCUUCAAAUACAUCGAGUACCAAGAUUCCUACAAUCUGAGCGAGAAAAAAGAAUUGCUGCUGCGAGACGCACUGAGGCUCAAAAGCAGGCUAUUGCUGAAAAGGCCAGAGAGACGAGAAGGCUUAAUAAAGAAGCAGAAGAGCGCGAGAUGAGAGAAAUUCAAGAGAGGGCUCAGGCUGCUAUUAAAAAGCGAAAGGAAGCCACUAAGAAGGCUGCUGCGAGACGCACUGAGGCUCAAAAGCAGGCUAUUGCUGAAAAGGCCAGAGAGACGAGAAGGCUUAAUAAAGAAGCAAAAGAGCGUCAGAUGAGAGAAAUUCAAGAGAGGGCUGAGGCUGCUAUUAAAAAGCGAAAGGAAGCCGCUAAGAAGGCUGCUGCCACUAGGGCUAAACAGAUCAAAAUCAAAGGUAUCGGUUAUACAAAGGAACUUUAUCGGUUCAAUCCAAAGUACACCUUCGCUACUCAUGAUGAUAUUGUUUCAUUUUUCAAUGAUGUCAUCAAGGAAUCACUUGUAGGCCUUGAACGCGGUGACAAAGUGCAAAUAGGGUUUCAACAUCAAAGUCUACACAAUGGAUUUUGGUCAUCAAAAGUUGUAUCAGUUAGUGAUCUGAUUGCUUCUGAUGUGAUAGACGAUAUUACUGCGAGAAUGCAAUCGGCUGAAAUAGCAUCAAUCGAUGAAAGCAUGACUAUCGAGAAAAAGAAACCCAGAAAGCACAUUAGCAAGAUCAUAGCAUUUGAUUUUGAAUCAGAGUUUCUACAUGAUGGUGAACAUCGUGUAAAGUUUACGGAUUGCAAGAACCCUAAUACAACAUUCAUUGCUCACAAUGGUAAGGGUUACGAUUUCCACUUUCUCUUCAAAAAGUUCAAUGACAACGGUGUUAAGCCUAAGUAUAUCUCAAAUGGGUUGAAGAUCAUUUCAAUGGUGCUGCCCAAGUUCAACAUCCGGUUCAUUGAUAGCAUGUUGUUUUUGCCUAUGGGACUGUCAAAGUUGCCUUCCAUGUUUGGAUUAGAGGAACAUGUUCGUAAGGGUUACUUUCCACAUUGGUUCAAAUGUUCAAAUGAUUAUAAAGGCGUUUUACCAUCUUUGGAUGAUUUCCGAUUUGACAGUAUGCCCUAUGAUAAACGCGCUGAUGCACAACGCUGGUACAAGAAAACCCUACGCAAAUGCAUGAAGGCAGCGGCCGUGAAAUUGUUCCGAGAGCAAUUCCUUGUAGCAACCGAUGGUGAAAUUGAUCCUUGGGCUUAUAAAACCAUAGCAUCGGCAUGUAUGGGGACUUACAGGCAUAUGUUCAUGCCUGAAGAAAGCAUACCCACACAUCAUGAAGAAGGAAUGCGGCGUCAUUCAGACAAGGCUGUCCAGUGGCUCGAAUAUCUACGCGAUAAUGGCAUUCUGGAUAUGCGACGUGUUCUACGUGGUGGAGAGAAAUGGAUUGACCGAUUAAAUGGGAAAAAAUUCUAUGCCGAUGGCUAUUCUCCUUCGACAAAUACUGUGUAUGAAUUUAAUGUCUUUGAGACGAUAUACCGAUAA